AUUUAUCGGUGAGAAAUAAAACAUGGACAUUACAAUUUUAUGUAAUCGCAUCGGCGUGCAUUCUUCUGCAUGCAUUUAGAAUAAAGGUCGAACAAACUUACAGCCUGACUACAACGAUUCUGUGCGUAGAAAGAACAACAAGCAUCAUCCAGACAUGGACAAACGGUCAGCUGAAACGGAGCCAGUUGAUGAACACAAACUGCGACUGCCUUCGAGUUCAUCGUCUCCUCCGCAUUACAAUCCAUCAUCCUCGGAACCACAACAACAGAUGCAUUCCCCUCACGGGCAGCCUUAUCACGCAAACCCGCAGUUGAACUCGCAACAGGCGCAUUACUAUUCUCCAAACCCGCAGAUGAUGCAUGGACAACCGGUUCAGCAAUACGCUCCAAACCAAGUUCAACCGUAUCCCCCGCCCAUGCAGCAGUAUGGACCACCGCCGCCUCAACAGCAAUUCAUGCAAUCCUCACAACAGGUUGUCAUCAUCAAUCAGCCAGCGUCGACCCAGGAGAGGGGUUUGCGAGUCUGUGACGUUAAAGGACACCGGGAUUGGUCUACUGGACUAUGCGGAUGUUUCUCCGACUGCGGUUCCACGUGCAAGGUGAUGUGUUGUUUCCAGGCCACUCUGUGUGACCUUUCGACCCGUACGGGCGACUGCUGUUGCACGGCUCUGUGUAUGCCCGCUUACUUGCCAGCGUAUCGAGCCCGCAUUCGAACUAUUGGUGGAAUCCAGGGCGAUAUCUGCUACGAUAUCCUUGCAGUAGGUUGUUGUCCGGAACUGGCGCUCUGUCAGAUGAUGAGGGAGUUGGAUGCCAUGGGACUGUAGAACGUCACAUGCACUGGCAUUUCUUGGUGCCCUUCCAUUCGAUUCAGUUGUAUAUAUAGUAUAUGAAUGAUUAGAAACAAACACGCUUUCUUUGUUAAAAGAUGCAUGAAUUAUAUAAUGAGGAUGUAGCAGUGGUAUGAUUUAGAAUGUUUAAUAUAAAGUUUACGUAAUAUGAUGACAUUAAAAGCCUACUUAGUGUAUUUAGUUUAGCUGCAUAUUUUAUGAAUUUUGUUUGUUUACCUAAUAAGAUAAAAUAAAUUGCCUAAUUAUAAUAUUUAGAAGAAUAACUAGCAUAAUACGCCUAUAGAAGCAUGCUUAUAAAAUAGGAUGUAAUUAACAGUGUUAAAGCCUAUUUAGCAGCAUAUUUCAAAUAUUAAGCCAUUUUAACAUGUAUAUUUAUUUCGAUGAAAUAACCAGCCUAUUUAGCAUUAUGUAACCAAUUUAGCAGCCUUUUUUGCAUAUUUAGCAUGUUUACUUUAUACUAUGAAACUAAAAGCUUAUUUGGACUUUUUUGCAGUAUAUUUAGCCUGCUUUGCAUGUUUUCGAAAUAAAAGAAAUAUAAUGACUAAUCAAUUUAGUUAGCAUAUGUUAUUGCAGGACUAGGUCUGAAGUCCUGUUUGCAAAAUUAGGUAGGGAGAUUUUCUCACUUGAUGUGAGUUAAUUAGUCCUCAUACAUGAUAAAUCACCGAGGUGCUUGUCCGUCACACUGCCAGGAGCUUCAAAAUACCAAAAUCCAAUA